CCCCCCGACGUAAAGGGGGAUCACUUUCCCCUUGUGUCCGCCAUAUUGGACGGUAACUCUGGUCAGCGGCAGUGGGGCCGAGGGAGUCCCCGUUGCCGUGACAGUUGGUGCGCUCCGCUCCUCGGCGCCCGCGGCGGCCCGCGCCCCGGCCCCGCCCGCCCCCUCCGCUCCCGGGCGCUCGCGGCGGCCCCGCGCCCCGCUCCCCUCCUCUUCCUCCUCCUCCUCCCUCUCCUUCUCCUCCUCCUCCUCCCCCCGCUCCCUCCUCCCUGCCCGGGUGUCAGGCGCGAUGAGCCCGGCCGACGCCAAGCGCGGAGCCAAGCGCCGGAAGAACAAGCGGGGCGGCGGCCUCGGCAGCACUGGCGGGCCGGGACCCAGCGGCGGCGGCGGCGCCGGCGGCCUGGGCAAGGCCGGGGCGGCGGCGGCGGCGGGAGCGGCCCCUCUGCGGGCGGCGACCCAGGCGGCGGCCGCCUCGCCGAGCGCGGUGGGCAGCCUGCUGACAGCGCCGGCAACGGCCGCCGGCAACGGAGCCCUGGGCGGCGGCGGCGGGGCCGCGGCGGGACACGGCGAGGUUUCACUAAAUGGUACACAGUUCACAGACAGUUCUGUUGGAUCAGAGUUCACAGGUGUUUCUCAGACACCGUUUACCUUUGGCUUGGGCCAGAGGGCCCCAUAUACAACUGGCGAGCACUGUCUUCUUUGUAGAAGCGAACGAAAAGAUACUUCGCUUUCAGAGAGCGGGAUAAAGAAUUCUAGCAAAACAGCACUUUCCACAUCUCCAAAAGCAAACAAUAUGCUGCAUCUUCCACUGUGGGUGUGUCCAGACUGUCGACGAACAGUCGAAAAGGAGGAGAGGCAUGCUACAAUAGAGCAAUCGCUGGUGAGCCAAGAUUUUCUUUUGCACAUGCCUCUCGGUAACAGUGGAUCACAGCAGGAAUCUGUAGGAGGAGGAAGAAUAACUGUUGGUGCACAGACUGUGCCUGCUGCAGAUCUUAGCAAUUCCUCUCCUUCAGACAUAGCUUGCAACUGUGAGGCCUGUAAUGAGCGCAGAGAAAUUUCAGCAGAGACUGAACGUGAAUCUCAGCAGCUUCAAAAUUACUGGUCAGAAGUAAGAUAUAUGGUUCGGUGUAUAUAUCGCCAAGCUGGGACCCCUUUGGCAGAUGACCAAGACCAAUCUUUGGUACCAGAUAAAGAAGGAAUGAAAGAGCUGGUGGAUAGGCUUUGUGAAAGAGAUCCAUAUCAGCUUUACCAACGGUUGGAGCAGCAAGCUAGAGAAUAUGUACUUGAAAUGAAGGUUCGUCUCCUCAGACACUUGUCCCUGGGAUCUAAAGUCGCCUCAACGUUAGCAAUACAAGGGCCACCCCAGGCACAUCAGUUCAUCUCACUCCUACUUGAGGAAUACAGUGCACUCUGCCAGGCAGCAUGCACAAUCAGCGCCUUUCUUGUUACUCUGGAAAAUGAACAUUUGAAGAAAUUUCAGGUGACAUGGGAAUUGCACAAUAAACAUCUGUUUGAAAAUCUGGUAUUUUCUGAGCCGCUUCUGCAGAAUAGCUUGCCAACGCUGGUGUCACAGCUAAGGCUUGGAACAACACACGAUUCCUGUAGCGAAGAUAUGUAUAGUACCUUGCUACAAAGGUAUCAUCAGCUGGAACAGGAAAUGGGUCAAGUUGCUGAAGCAUGGCUUGAAUGCCAGAAAAGAAUAGAUGAUUAUGUUGAUGAACAGAUGGCAAUGAAAACAAAGCAACGCAUGCUAAAGGAAGACUGGGAGUUCUUUAAGCAGAGGCGUUUUAUUGAAGAGCAGCUUAAUAACAAGAAAGCACUAGCUGGGGAGAACAACUUCACAGACACAAUGAGACACAUGCUGUCAUCACGUUUGAGCAUGCCUGACUGUCCCAACUGUAAUUAUAGAAGAAGAUGUACUUGUGAUGACUGCAGUCUUUCACACAUUUUAACAUGUGGCAUCAUGGAUUCUCCUAUAACUGAUGAUAUUCACAUUAACCAGUUACCACUACAAAUUGAUUCUGCUCCGGAUUAUUUGUCUGAGAUCCGCCCACCUAGUAUGUCUUCAGCAAGUUCAGGAUCAGGUUCCAGCUCGCCUAUUACAAUUCAGCAACAUCCUAGACUGAUCCUUGCAGAUAAUGGCUCUGCACCAACUUUUGGUAGUGAUGAUGAAGAUGUUGCACCGUUAUCAGCAAAAUUUGCUGAUAUCUACCCACUGAAUAAUUACGAUGAUGCAGAGGUGGUAGCCAACAUGAAUGGAAUUCACAGUGAGCUCAAUGGCGGAGGUGAAAACAUGGCAUUGAAAGAAGAGUCCCCUCAGGUGAGCAGUACUAGCAGCAGUUCCUCAGAAGCAGAUGAUGAAGAAGCAGAUGGGGAGAGCAGUGGUGAACCACCGGGAACUCAAAAGGAGGAAAUGUCUUUAGGAAAAAGGGCACUAAGGAAAGAUGAACCAAAAAUGGAUAGUCCACCACCUUCUUACCCCAGUCAACAGGCUGACCAAGGUCCAAAUGCUUGUGAAUGUCAUGUUUGUAAACAAGAAGCUUCAGGUCUAACAGCCUCCGCACUUGCAACUGGACGCCUGCCUGCUGGCCAUCAGUUCAUGAAUCCUGAAAAACCUGCACAUCCUGCACUUCAUCUUUAUCCUCACAUCCAUGGACAUAUACCAUUGCAUACAAUUCCCCAUCUGCCUCGUCCACUUAUCCAUCCCACGUUGUAUACAGCUUCUCCCUUUACACACAAUAAGGCAUUACCGCCAGCUCCGGUUCAGAAUCAUACAAACAAGCAUCAAGUAUUCAAUGCAUCUCUCCAAGAUCAUAUUUAUCCAAGCUGUUUUGGGAGCACUCCAGAUUGGAAUAGCUCUAAAUUUAUAAGUCUUUGGGGAUCAGAAAUGAUGAAUGACAAGAACUGGAAUCCUGCUACUUUUUUGCCUGAUACAAUUCCUGGGAGUGAUAUAUUAGCACCAGCACUCUCAGAAAUAAGACCCGAAGCACUUCCUACUACAUCUAGCAAUGAAGCAACCGCAGUUACUGACAGCAAAGAGAAAAAAAAUGCUGCAAAGAAGAAAUGUCUGUACAAUUUUCAGGAUGCCUUUAUGGAAGCUAAUAAAGUUGUCAUGGCAACCUCUUCUGCCACUUCUUCUGUCUCCUGCACAGCUACUACAGUGCAAUCAAGCAGCAACCAAUUUAAAGUAUCAUCCAAGAGACCUUCAUCGAUAGGUGAGGUGUUCCACAAUAUUAAUAAAGAGGACCAUAGACAUUCUGCACCAGUUGCGCCACGAAAUAGUCCGACUAGUUUAGCAUCCCUUCCUUCACUCUCUCCUGCUGCACUGUCUCCAGCUUCAACACCACAUCUUCCAAAUCUUGCUGCUCCUUCUUUCCCCAAAACUGCUGCAACAGCCCCUGGAUUUGUGGAUCCUCAUUCAGGUCUUUGCCCCACUACGGUUGCACCUCCUACUUCAACCACAGACAGCUCUGUAAGUGCCCCACCAAGUGUCUGCAGCGACCCAGAUUGUGAGGGCCAUCGCUGUGAGAACAGCAACACGUAUGAUCAUCAACAGUAUGAUGGAGAGGAGAGCCAAGAUGAAGACAGCUGUUCAGAGCAUAGUUCCAGUACCUCAACGUCCACAAAUCAGAAGGAAGGAAAAUACUGUGACUGUUGUUACUGUGAGUUCUUCGGCCAUGGAGGACCGCCGGCUGCACCAACCAGUAGAAAUUAUGCAGAGAUGCGGGAAAAGCUUCGUUUACGUCUAACAAAAAGGAAAGAGGAACAGCCGAAGAAACCAGAUCAGAUAUCUGAAAGGGAAAGUGUUGUUGACCAUCGAAAGGUGGAAGACUUGCUGCAAUUUAUAAACAGCUCUGAAACCAAACCAGUAAGCAGCUCUCGGGCAGCCAAGCGAGCAAGACAUAAGCAAAGAAAGCUUGAGGAAAAGGCUCGCCUUGAAGCAGAAGCCAGAGAAAGGGAGCAUCACCAGUUGCUUGAGGAACAGAGGCGGCGAGAGGAGGAGGAGGAAGAGAGGCUGAAACAAGAAUUGCAGCGGCUUCAAGAACUUCAGCAGUUGCGGGCUGUAAAGAAAAAGAAGAAAGAACGAACGAGUAAGGAAUGUCAGAAGGUGGACGUGCUGACUCGGAACUGCCAGGCUGUGAAGGAGUCCGUCCCAAACGCACCCGAAGACAUUCAGAACGGUACACUUGAGCAAUCGGAAAAGAUCGAAACCUCCCCCGGUUCACUGUCGAGACAUGUGAAUCACACAGAACAGAGGCCAGUUUCCGAGUCGGGCUGUGAACUAUCCAACCCCGUAAACCCUAGAGACUCGAAGCUGCUUUAUCAGAAAGAGGGGAGUGUAAAACAGCAUGAGCCCCUCUCUUUUCUGCUUGAUAUUAUGCAUCAACAUAAAGAAGGAAACAGCAAGCAGAAACUAAAGCAGAUAAACAAACCGUGCGCUGACCCAGCGAAAAAGCCCGUUGAAUCCCCCAAAGCAGCUGAGGUUCAGACUAAAAACAGAAACCAAAUAGAAUCCAAAGCAAAAGCAGCAGAGCUCCCAACACUUGCAGAGCCUAAAAAAGAGGAGAAGAAAUUAAACAACAACAACAAAAAACAGUUGAACCAUGUGAAAGAAGAGAAAGCCCCCAUAAUGAGCGAGUCCCCUUCACCGAGUGAACAGCAACAGAACAAUAAGCUAAUACUUGCUGAUUCCCCUCAGCCAAAAGGCAAGAACAAGAAAAACAAGAAGAAAAAAGGAGACAAAGUCAACAAUUCCAUUGAUGAUGUGUUUCUGCCCAAAGACAUUGAUCUAGACAGCGUGGAAAUGGAUGAAACAGAGCGAGAAGUGGAGUACUUUAAAAGAUUCUGCUUGGAUUCUGCCAGACAGACAAGGCAGAGACUUUCCAUCAACUGGUCCAAUUUUAGCUUGAAAAAAACCACCUUUGCUGCACAUUGAAAUGACACGAUAUGGGGAGGGAACCCUGCAGGAAUCGAUGAACGACAACUCCACUUACCUGUCCUGCUGUGCUGAGAGCUUACCUGGUCUUGAGCCAGUGCUGCCUUGCCUUGUCCCCAGUGCUGUGUGGAUCUGCACUGAACCCUUUGGCCUGAUAAUUCUUGCGGACUGAAAAAUUGCCACUUUCUACCUGAAUUUGUUAGCUUGUGUGCUUGUAGUCUGUGAGUGAGACUUACUUGAUUGUAGCUGUAUGCCGUUGGAGUUGGAGCAAUAGCUCUUCUCCAUCUCCUUCUGAAUGCCUUGGCCUCAGAGACUUUAAAUUGCUUAGGCUUGGGUGGAGGCCAAAAUACUAGUUUGCAUCAUCUGCAGUGGCUCCUGUCACUUCUGCAUCUAGCUAUGUUUUGUCAUUCUGACGCCUGACAAAGGAAUGGACCUAGUCAGUUGUGCUUUCAUCUGCUCCAGAUUUCUCCUGACAUGACUUCAUGAAAAAGAGGCUCUUAUGGGACAAGUAUCUCCUCAGUUCUUUCACAAUCUACUGUUUAAGAGUGUACAAGUUACGCUAUUUGUGUUUUGAUUUUUUUUUUUCCUGACUUGUAGCCAGCUUGUGUAAGAAUACUUGCAGAAUGAGAAAAUUUAAAAAAGAACAGUACUCACACUAUCAAAUCUGUUAUAGAGUGUAUAAUUGUAUUAACACUGAAGCCUAUCUGGCUACUUUUUUAACAUAUUGUUAAGUAAUAUUAAAAUCAUGUCUUUCUUUUUGAAAGAUGGAAUACAUUAGUAUGGCAGAA